UGAACGUACUCUGCAUUUACAGUAUUCAUUUCGUUCGUUUGGUAUUGUUGUUUGACGAAUAACCAAGAGUUUUUGAAAUUAAAUAAUUAUAAAUAUGGAAGCUGCCGCAGAAGAGAUAGUAAAAGAUAGCAUUGAUAUUGAACAAGAAGAAAAAAAUGGCGAAGAAAAGGCUCCGGCACCUUCCAUUCCUUCUAUCCAAGACCCGCCAAAGAAGUCAAAGAAAGAAGACCGCAUCAAAAAGGAUGAUAAGAAUGUGGAACAGUUCAUGAGAUCACUCAACUCUGUGCCAAGUCUGGAGGAAAAACUGUCUCUGGUCUGCAAGAAAUAUGUGCAGACCGCCGAUGAUAAUAAGAAGCUACAGUUUUAUAUCAAGCAGUCUGAUAAACGGUAUGCCAUCUUGUUGAAAGAAAAAGAGCAAUUGCAACAUGAAUUCAACAAGACCAUCCUUGUCAAGUCCAAGUUGGAGAGCCUCUGUCGUGAGCUGCAGAAACAGAACAAGGCCAUCAAGGAGGAGUCCCUGCUAAAGAUCCGCGAAGAGGAGGAACGCCGGAAGGAGACCCAAGCCAAGUUCCAGAACACGCUGACCGAGAUCACCGCCCUCCUGCAGCAGAAUAACGAGAAAAACACCAAGUUGAGAGAAGACAACAUCAGUAUGAGCGAGAAAUUCAAGAGUGUGGUGCAGCAGUACCAGCUGAGGGAACAGCAAGUUGAGAAAAUGGGGAAGCAAAUGGCGCUAGAGUCCCAGCUGUCAGACGCUAAACUUCAGAAGGCAGCCUUGGAGCACCAGGCAGAGAAAGAGAGGCUUCUAGUGGAGAUGGAACACCUGAAGGUGACGGUGGCUCAGUGCACGGCCAAGAUCAUGGAGCUGCAGGGGACGGAGACUGCUUUGAGGGGUCAGCUUGGCUUGUACACGGAAAAGUAUGACGAGUUCCAGAACGCCCUAGUGAAAAGCAACCAGGUGUUCGGGGGAUUCAAGGAACAGAUGGAGCAGAUGUCAAAGAAAAUCAAGAAGCUAGAGAAGGAAUCUCUCUCAUGGAAGAAACGCUGGGAGACGUCUCAAACAGCCCUGUUGGACAUGUGCGGGGAACGGCAGGCGAGCGAGGAGCGUGCCGCCGCCUCCAGUCGGCAGCUACAGCACAUGCAGAGCCUGUGUCGCACGCUACAGGCGGAGCGAACGACGCUACUGGGCACGCUGAAGGAACAUAACAUCGAGCGGCCACCGCUGCCCACGCCACCGCCGCCGCCAGCGCCUGCGCCUGCGCCUGCCCCCGCGCCCAGCAAGCAGAGCAACGACAAGGUCGACAAAAUGGCGGCAAAUUGUGCACAACUCCGACAGAGCCUCGUUCACCUCCAGAGCCAACUGAACACCCUCACCAACAACAAGAACGGUGUCAAGGAAGACGCGCCCAAAGCAGACAAACCGAAGAAACAGAAAUCCAAAAAGAAAGCGGAAAAACUGUCACAGGAGGCGACAAACUCUAUAGAAGUCACCGAAGAACCAGUCAGAGAUGAUAAUAAAAAAACACCCGAAGAACCCACAACUAAUGAAGAUUCAAUCCAAAAUGACAUGGAUAGCUUAGAAGAAAAAAUAGACGAGAAAGCUAUGGAAACUCUUAUCCAAGCUAUAAGCAAUGCUAACAUAAACCUACACGAUUUAUCAGUAGAUGAAAAUAACGUGCAAGUCGACAUUGAAAAGGUAAUAGACGGUUCACACAAUGAAAUCGCCAACACAUCGAAUGAUGAGGUGUCACAUAUAACCGAAGUGAAACCUAUAUCGAGUGCGUAAUCCUAACGUGUAGUUUACGAACACAAUUUGGGAGGAGUGAUCAGUGUUGUGUAUUUUUUAUUC